UCUCCUCCAUCAGAUGGCUGUCAGCUCACACUGGACCCCAACACAGCGCACAGAAAGCUCCGUCUGUCUGAGGGGAACAGAGAGGUGACCUGUGUGAGAGAGAUCCAGUCAUAUCCUGAUCAUCCAGAGAGAUUUGAGCGCUGGCCCCAAGUGUUGUGCAGAGAGGGUGUGUCUGGACGCUGUUACUGGGAGGCUGAGUGGAGUGUGGAUUGGGUUUCUAUAGCAGUGUCAUAUAAAGAGAUCAGCAGGAAAGGGCGGGGUUAUGACUGUGGAAUGGGAUGUAGUUUGUUCUGCACUCCCUCCAGUUACUCUUUCUGGCACAAUAAUGUUGACACUAAAAUCCCUGUUCCCUCCUCCUCCAGAAUAGGAGUGUACCUGGAUCACAGGGCAGGAACUCUGUCCUUCUACAGCGUCUCUGACACAAUGACCCUCCUGCACAGAGUCCAGACCACAUUCACUCAGCCCCUCUAUCCUGGGUUUAGGGUUUAUUAUGGAUCCUCUGUAAAACUGUGUGAUCUGAGAUGAGGCAGAGAGUGAAGGGAAGAUCAAAGAGAGGGAAACAUCCAGAAAAUACUGAG